GUGUGGGCUUGUCUGGUUGGUCAGGAGGCUCAGAUGUCGGCUGUGAUUGGCCGCGCGCGCGCUCGGGGCAUGCCCGGUCCCCGCGGCUCUGCCCGCUGUCAGCUGGGACCCGUGUCAGUCCGCUUCCUCCUCCGAUCCCUGCCGGUGAACCUGACAAGCUCCGUCCAAGCUCCACGAUGUCUGAGAAGAUCAAGGCCGGCUCCGUGGUGGAGAUGCAGGGGGACGAGAUGACCCGGGUCAUCUGGGAGCUCAUCAAGGAGAAGCUCAUCCUGCCGUAUCUGGAGCUGGACCUGCACAGCUUUGACCUCGGUAUGGAAAACCGGGAUGCUACAGAUGACCGGGUGACAGUUGAGGCAGCAGAAGCAGUCCACCGUUACAGCGUGGGCAUCAAGUGUGCCACCAUCACACCAGAUGAGAAACGAGUGGAGGAGUUUAAGCUGAAGAAGAUGUGGCGUUCACCCAAUGGAACCAUCCGCAACAUCUUGGGGGGAACAGUGUUUAGAGAGGCCAUCAUCUGCAAGAACAUCCCCCGCCUAGUGUCCGGCUGGGUGAAGCCAAUCAUCAUUGGCAGGCAUGCUCACGGAGACCAGUACAAAGCCACAGACUUUGUUGUACCUGGCCCUGGAAAGGUGGAGAUGAUAUACACGCCUGUAAAUGGAGAGCCAGUCAAGUAUGUUGUGCACAACUUUGAAGGAACGGGUGGUGUAGCCCUAGGAAUGUACAACACAGAUAAGUCCAUUCAGGACUUUGCCCACAGCUCCUUUCAGAUGGCUCUGUCCAAAGGUUGGCCUUUGUACCUCAGCACCAAGAACACCAUCCUGAAGCAGUAUGAUGGCCGCUUUAAAGACAUCUUCCACGAGAUCUACGAGAAGCAAUAUCGCUCUCAGUUUGAGGCUAAAGGCAUCUGGUACGAGCACCGCCUCAUCGAUGACAUGGUUGCUCAAGCCAUGAAAUCUGAAGGAGGUUUUGUUUGGGCCUGCAAGAAUUAUGAUGGAGAUGUACAGUCUGAUUCUGUAGCACAAGGGUAUGGUUCCCUGGGAAUGAUGACCAGCGUGCUGGUGUGUCCUGAUGGACGCACCGUAGAAGCAGAGGCCGCCCAUGGGACUGUGACACGGCACUACAGACAGCACCAGCAGGGGAAAGAAACUUCUACUAACCCCAUUGCCUCCAUCUUUGCCUGGACACGGGGCCUCCUGCACAGGGCCAAGCUGGACAACAACAACGAUCUGCGCUUCUUUGCUGAGUCUCUGGAAGCUGUGUGUAUCGAGACCAUUGAGGCUGGGUUCAUGACCAAAGACUUGGCUAUCUGCAUCAAAGGCUUGUCAAACGUGGCCCGCACCGACUACCUGAACACCUUUGAGUUCCUGGACAAGCUGGCAGAGAACCUGAAGAUGAAGCUGAGCAGCCAGCCAAAGCUGUGACGCCGCAUCCUCCGCCUUACCGGAGCAGAGGGGAGGAGGGUGGGGCCUGCCCCCUAGCCCCUCUGCAGUAUCCCAAGACAACUAGCUCUUCUUGAGACUCUGAGCUGCCUUUAUUGGGGGGGGGGGGGUCUUGUGUCAGAUGAUCUGGACUCUAGUUUAAUCAUCUUACUGGGCUGCAGUCUUCUAAGACAGAAAGUGCUUUUGUCCAUCAGCUGCUCGUCACAGAGGUUCCUCUACACAACCCACUGCUACAAACAAUAAAGGCUUUUUAUGGUUUCA